CACCUCUACGUAUUACGUCAUCCUUGAGGGCUCGGUUGCUGAGCACCCGCAGUCCACACGAAAGUAGAGGACUCAAAAUAAGCUAUAAGCCUCUGAGCAGAGAUGGCCCAUUCUGCAGCCAAGUCUCAGGCUGACAAGCAUAAAGUUAUGUUGCCUGCCCAAGUGACUACACCUCCAGUGCAGGAGCUGGAAGUGGAAGAUAUUAUCCCUGGUCGCUUAACUCGGACACAGUGGAGGGACAUGUUAAUGCAGGAGGAUGCAGAAGACACAGUGGGGGAGAUCAUGGAUGAACUUUUGCGCAAGGUCAUGGAAGGCUGUUUCAAGGUGUACCUUGAAAGACAGCUAGCACCUUUCUCUGUAUGCUGGGCUAAGAGCUACCUCACACGGAUUCUAGAGCAGCAAAUCCUAUGCCUAGAUGAAGGAGAAGAACCAGAGGAAGCAUCUAAAACAGAAGACUCAGAGCCUUUGCCAUCAACCUUAGAUUCCUGGGCUGAAGGAUGUGUGCCUGUUGUGAAUGCUACCCCUCAAUCCCCCCACACCACACAACAGAAGCCUGACCCGGUACAAACAGAACCAGCAGUCAACCAGCAAUGUGAUGGUACAGCCCAAACAAGCACCUCUCUAAAGCAAUCUCAAAAGGAAACAAGUCCCAUGAGGCCUGUCCCUGACAAGUACUAUAAAGUUACUCCUCAGCCCCCAACAAAAAUUGUUGGAAAGAAGAAGCAGCAGGUUAAUUUACCUCCGAAGCCUGUUCUGGGCAAACUCCUGCCAUCACUGUCCUGUUCAGCAAAACCAAAGGAUGUGGCAAUAGAGGGUAAAAAUAGGGCAUAUUCCAUUUAUAACCAUAUGCCUGAGCCAUUUUAUCAGGCCAAGGCCUACAAACCCAUACCAAGGCUUGACCCUUCCAGUCUGCCUCGACACAUUGUCUUUCCUCAGUAUGAGAUUGUGGAUAACAGCAGCACAAUACCCAAGAAAACAAGUGGACUAUCCAAACUGAAACCAAAAUAUAACCAGCAGCAAACUGAGUGGACAGUAACAUCACCGAAGCCACUAACCAGCUCAAAGGAUCAACCAGCAAUGUUUCAGAAAAUAAAUGAGGCAGAUGUUUUUCUGAGGAAAUCUCCGUCUAGACGUAGAAAGGAAGGGAUUGUCUCUUCUGGGUUUGUGAGGCUGGACACAACGGUUUUGGCAAAGGGUGUUUCUGUCCUGGAUCCCCAGGCUGUUGAAAUGAACCCUCUCAAAUUUAACCCUCCUGACCAAGCUACUAAGCUGAGGCCGAUAAAAAGUGUUUUCAGUUGACCAGAUUACCACAGGUCCACCACCUCAGGUCACUCCAUUAUUUCAGUCUAAGAACUGUAGCAGCUGACUAUAAAAUUCAGUGAUAAUGCAUUUCUGUAGCUGUAUAAAGAACACGAGCUAUAUGUUAAUGAAAUAAAAAGAUUUUUCUAAUACCAGAA